GGUAUAUCAACAAGACCAUGCCAGUGUGCUCCAUGGAAUCGAAUUAGAAGUUCCAAAAGUGAUAUAGCAAAAUUUACACGAAGCGGUUAAGGCUGUAAGAAAUGUAACUCCGAAUGUUUCUUCUGCGAAGGGCAGAGAUUUGUGUUCUUUUUUAUGAGUGAUUAUCUGUUUUUUUCUUCUUUGUGGUUUCUUCUGAUGGGUAAAUCAUGUUUUAUAAUUCGAAUCCACCACCAACAAGAACUUGUAGGGUUUGUAUGAUGAAAUAUAAUUACAUCAUCAACGAUAUUGCAUCCGAAACAACACCUCUCAUCUACGGACCAACUAAAAAAAAAAGAUGUACGGACGGACAUGCCGUAUUCUUUUUAGGAACCCUAACCUUCCUGCUGUUUCUAGGAAUGACAAUCGGUUUCCGAUUGCUCAUAGUUGAAUACAGAGAAGCAGAACCAUCAUACGUGAUUUCGCUAGCUUCAAGACACAAUUGGAGAGCAGUUCGUGUAGAUAAGAACGAAGAUCUGGCACCACCGUGCAACAAACUCAUACUGGUCUUCACCAACAGUCCAACUUGUUACGACCAGCAGAAUUGCACCAAGGAGAUACGAAGUUUACAAGAACGUAGUUUGCGUGAGAAUGAUAGAGAUCUACCUUACAAUUUCAUCAUAGCUAAUGAUGAUCGAAUCUACGAAGGUAGAGGUUGGCAUUAUGCUCCAGACAUAUCGCCUUAUAGUGACAAUUCCACAUUGGCAUUUGCAUUUUUGGGCUACCCUGGAGUAACCAAUCUAACCUCAACUCAGAAAGAUCAGCUGAUCAUCUUAGUAAACCUCGCCAUCUCCCAUCACAAACUCCACCACUGCUUCCGUGUGAUGACUAGACCAGAGGAGAAACCACAACUUCAAGAAGUCACCGAUCGGAUUCAGGAGACAAUCUUAGAUACUGCCUGUGGCUGACUGAAUUUCUCUUUCAAUUUAUUGAGGGGAAAUUUUAUUUUGAUUCUUGUGAUGACUUUUACAAAUUGUAUUUUUUUACAUUGAUUUUGACUAAAUAUAUAUUUUUGUAAUGUA